AUGACCUUGACGCUCCAGGAUAUAGCUAUGAUCACCGGUCUUCCUAUCAAUGGGAAACCUCUAUGUAUGAGCACCGAUUCUGAUGGGUGGCGUGAGCAAAUGUUUGCCCUUAUCGGUAUGGUUCCUCCGGAGCCGCGGGAACCAGAAGUAGAAGGCAAUAAGAAGGAAAGAGUCGCAGCCGGUGCUACUUUCACGUGGAUUGUAUCGAACUUCAGUAAUUGUCCUGAGGAUGCUAAUGAGGACACGGUGAAGACAUAUGCUCGUGUCUACAUGUGGUACGUGAUAUCCAGGAGUAUGUUUGCUGAUGGCACAGGCAAAAAUGCUCCAUGGAUGUGGCUCAAGGCGUUGAUCGUCUUCGACAGCAAAUGGAGUUGGGGUUCGGCGACACUGGCUUACUUGUAUAGACAGUUGGACGAAGCCUGUUGUAGGCUAUCUGGAGGUAUUGGUGGUUGUUUGCUGGCACUUUCCAUAUGGAGCUGGGAGCGUUUGCCGGUUGGACGACCGAAGAAAGUGAAGUUCGAGGAUUGGGACGAGAAACACGACCCACUACGGCGCCCGACUUGGGCUUACAAGUGGGAUGUGUUAAAUGAGAUGACGGAUGAUCCCUCGGUCAUGUACAAGCUGUACAGGAGCGAGAUGGACGCGAUCACGCCUGAGCAGGUGAAUUGA